AUGUCUGACAUAAAAACGUUUGAGGUCGAAACUGCCUCUCGUAACCACACCUACCAAAUCGCUCUGAUUUUACUUUCAAUGGCUGCCGUUUCCUGGUAUCACUAUCGAGUUAGAAAGCAUUCCAACAGGGCUGCAUUUGCCAAGUUUGCAUGCGGGGCAUCGGCAAUGGCAUUGUGGAACGUUUUGCAAACUAUGCUUUGUAGCCAGGUGCUAUUUUCUGUGGCCACUAUGGUACGUUAUAAAAAAGUUAUCGAUGACGAAGGACCCAAGGUACCGUGGACGUAUAGCUCAUCACUCCACAAUGACGACGUCAAAUCCAAGAUCAACUACUUUUGUUUGUUGAAGGAUUUGAGAAUGACUGUGGUGUCGGUGAUAUCGGUAGCAUGUUUCUAUUUCCUCACGAGAACCGGGGUCAAGCAUUUGCGGGAGCACUCAGAAGAAGUCAGCGAAAAGGAGGAAAGGGAGUAUGAGCAGCAAUUUGAAAAAAGUGAGAGAAUCAGCAAGAGAGCAUUGAUCGCAACUCUGAUAUUAGUAUUGGUUCUCAGCACUCAAUUUAUUCCCGCGGGCUUGUUGCUCUCGUCAUCAUCUAUUCUUUACGAAUCCGAAUGGUUCGUAUUGCGCUACGACCAUAUCUAUUUCACCAUGUUUGCCAUGUUUGCCUUGGUGAACUGUCGCAUAAUAUACCGCUGGAUGAAAAGAAAGUCGAGUUUGUUUUUCAAGGGAGCCUUGAUGGUACCUCUUGGAUUUAUCUGGACCUAUUGCAGCUGCAUUCUCUUCGUUGCUUUGGCUGCAAUGAUUCUUUUUAACGACACUUUGGUGAAUAUUUGCACCCUCAAGUUCAUUGCGAAUGAUAUGCACGAAAACUAUCAGGUAACUCUGCAGGAACACCUCUACAAAAUAUCCACAUUCAGCUCGUUUGUGUUAGCAUACAUGUCGCAUACCGCGGGUCCGCAAGACUCGUUCACCAAAGAUUUUACGGGAAUCAGAGAUAUUUUUGAAAAUAGCUGGCUUGUACUCAACAUGGCGUACUUGGUGGUAUUGCCAUGGUUACUUUUUGUGGUGGUGGACCAUCGCUACAGUACCCAAAGAAAGCAUAUAGUGUAA